CACAUGAGAUAAAACCGGUGACUUUUCCUGAUAGACCUCCCUCCCCUUUGAUGGGAUGGCCUAUCGCCGCCACAAACACCAUCAGAAGACCGAUCAUAGUUACGACAGCAAUAGUAGCGACACAGACUACUACUCCGAGACGGAAGACAGAAAGAAAACUUGUAUAAAGAGUACCAGCUGCCUUGGAACCCCCAAAUCUAAGCCUUGUCUAGUCAACAGGUCCAGAACACACAGCUUAGAGACUACCAGCAGUAAUGAUGACGGAGAUAUCCACAUAAUGUCUGACAGCGAAAGUAGUCACAGCAGGUGCAACAUUCAGCCGCGCACCAUGCUGGCGUGUGUAAAACAAUAAUUUUAAAUUGCACAAAACAGUCUGGUGGCUGGUAUGGCCAAGCUUAACUCCGGUGUUAGCAGCCCGAGGCUUGGAGAGAGGCUCACAUUAGUUGUGGAUGAGACGCGCUUCAUUGUCGACCAAGAUCUUUUUAGAGCACAUCCAAACACCAUGCUUGGCAGAAUGUUCACAUCAUCCAUGGAGAACAAUUUAAUACGUCCCAAUGAGAGAGGGGAAUAUGAGGUAGCAGACGGCAUAUCUUCCUGUGUGUUUCGAGCUAUUCUGGAGUACUACAAAACAGGAAUAAUUCGCUGCCCACCCAGUGUGACGGUGAGAGAGCUGAGGGAAGCAUGUGAUUAUUUCCUGGUCCCGUUUGAUGCCAGCACUGUCAAAUGUCAAAACCUGAGUAAGACAAUUAUAGGUUAUAGACAAUUUUAUAUAAUGCAUAGAAGCUAUCGAAAUUUCAACAGAGUCCAGUUUGAUGCCUUUCUGGAGGAGUUACUGCUGCCACAGAUGGUGCAGUGUGCUCAGAAUGGAGACAGAGAGUGUCACAUUGUGGUCCUGACAGAUGAUGAUAUUCUGGAUUGGGACGAUGACUAUCCCCCACAAACGCUUGGCGAGGAGUACUCUCAGAUUGUGUACAGUACACACUUGUAUAGAUUUUUCAAGUACAUCGAGAACAGAGAUGUGGCCAAACAACUGCUGAAGGAGCGAGGACUGAAAAAGAUACGCCUAGGAAUAGAAGAAAAAUCAACUUCAGACUACAAGUUAAUUAUUAUAAAGAAUUAUAAUAAUUUUUCAGUUAUAUACAAUUAUGUCCAAAGACCCUUUAUCCGCAUGUCGUGGGAAAAAGAAGAAGCCAAGAGCCGCCAUGUAGAUUUCCAGUGCGUGAAGAGCAAGUCCUUAUCCAAUUUAUCCUCUGUGGGGGACACAGCCCCUCCCGACCAAGGCAUCGUCCAACAGCAACAAGACGGGAGCAUCCAUGUUAUUCCUCCCCAGCCCUCCCCAUCCGAACCCUUCCCCCAGGUCCAGCUUCCUCCCGAGGGGGAUGCUGACUGACUGAAGGGGGGCGGGGGUCAGGCUAGCUAAGAACUUUACCAUAUAUAUAAAUUGAACUCGUUUUAUCCAGCAGAGCACCAAAAAAUCCAAAGCUGUAAACAGAAAAUCAAUCUGUUUGUGUUCAAGGUAAUUCAUUUUGCAUGCCUGGCUAUUUUCUUAGUGAUUCAAAAUGUAUGAAUUUUGUUAUUUGUACAUUUAUAAGAAACUGUACAUAUUUUAAUUUCUAUGAUGAUUUUAAAGUAUUUUUGUGGAUACAUGUACGUUAUUAAAUUAAAAGUUAUGUGCACUAGGGGGCAAAUAUUAGAUAGAGAGAUAUUUGUAUUUGUGAAACAUAUCAUCUGAAAUAUAAUGAUAUUAUUCUACAUUUAUUGUUUACCUGUUUUGUGGACAUCAGAUAUGGACAAUUACAAAAUCAGAACUGGAGUUCUUAUAUCAAUAGGUUAGUCUCCCAAAUAAUUUUGAGAUAUUUUGAAGGGUAUUUUUCAUGUUCAAUCUUGGUUAUCAGUGAAUCGUUCAUGGUGACCUAUAAAUGGUAAGUAAAUGUGUAAUUGGUUGUUAAUUUCCUAGUGCUUAAAAUAUGAAACUUACAUGGUGAUAACUGAAUAUUUUCUGUGCAAUUAGAAAUCAGUGUCUUACAUACUUUUCUUUUAAGAAUGUGUACGUCAACAAAUUAAGUGUGAGCAGUUUAAUACUUGAUUUAAAUAUGUACAUGAGGGCUGUCAUUAGUAGAUUCAAUAUCAUUUUCAAGUAUAAUUAUUGAUUCAGAAUUUGUUACUGUAAUAUUAUUGAUUCAUUGUUCCAGUUUACAAAAUUUGAUAUAACGUAGACAUGUUUGAUAUAAUUUAACGAAGAUUUGGGAUAAUUCCUGACAGGAUUUAAGGAUUUGAUAAAGCAGGUUUAAAUGCUAAGAUGCUGUUGUUUUACAAAAUUUAUAUACUUUUGGCAAUUAUUAUUUAAAAUUUGAACAAAUAAAUGAAAAUUUAUAGAUUUUAUAAUUAGGUACAUGUACUAAAUACCAGUAUUU